GCACGUCGCUGACAUUUAAACCAAGCUGCCGCCCCUUUUUGCUCGCUCCGCACUGUUUUGCUCCUCACGGAUAGACUACGACAGCUGCCAAUGUUUAGCUCUGCUUCGUAAAGUUGAGAAAAAACCCUGAAAGAAUGCCGCUGGCCCGCAGCCUGUCCGUCACGUCCCUCUCUGGACUUGAGGAGUGGGACGAGGAGUUUGAGUUGGAGGAUGCCGUUCUCUUUGAAAUAGCUUGGGAAGUUGCCAACAAAGUUGGAGGCAUUUACACCGUCAUCCAAACCAAAGCUCGUCUGACCGCCGAGGAAUGGGGGGAGAACUAUUUCCUGGUGGGUCCCUAUGUAGAGAGCAACGUGCGCACUCAAGUGGAGUUGAUUGAACCCACCAACCCCGUGCUGAAGCGGACCAUUGACAAAAUGAACUCCAGUGGGUGUAAGGUAUACUUUGGUCGCUGGCUGAUUGAAGGUAGUCCUUAUGUUGUUCUGAUUGACGUGGGCUUCACUGCCUGGUCUCUGGAUCGCUGGAAGAGCGAGCUGUGGGACCUGGGCGCAAUCGGUGUUCCUUGGUUCGACCGUGAAGCAAACGACGCCGUGUUGUUUGGUUUUCUGACGGCUUGGCUUCUUGGAGAGUUCGCAGCCCAGUCUGAGGAGCCCCCGCACAUCGUGGCCCACUUCCACGAGUGGCUGGCUGGCCUGGGGCUGGUGUUGUGCAGGAAGCGACAGCUGCCUGUGGCGACCAUCUUCACAACUCACGCCACACUACUGGGACGCUACCUGUGUGCUGGAAGCGUGGACUUUUACAACAACCUUUCAAAGUUUAACGUGGAUAAGGAAGCAGGUGAUCGACAGAUCUACCAUCGCUACUGUUUGGAGCGAGCGGCCGCACACUGUGCCCACGUCUUUACCACGGUGUCACAGAUUACAGCCAUUGAGGCGGAGCACCUGCUCAAGAGAAAACCAGAUAUUGUAACUCCCAACGGGCUGAAUGUGAAGAAGUUCUCAGCUAUGCAUGAGUUCCAGAACCUCCAUGCACAGAGCAAGAGUCGGAUUCAAGAGUUUGUCAGGGGACACUUCUACGGGCAUCUUGACUUCAAUUUGGACAAAUGUUUGUUCCUCUUCAUCGCUGGGAGGUAUGAAUUCUCCAACAAAGGAGCCGACAUCUUCCUGGAAGCUUUGGCCAGACUCAACUAUCUACUGAGAGUCAACCACAGUGAUGUGACUGUUAUAGCUUUCUUCAUCAUGCCAGCGCGGACAAACAACUUCAAUGUGGAGACCUUAAAAGGCCAAGCAGUCAGGAAACAGCUGUGGGAUACAGCUCACACUGUGAAGGAGCGCUUCGGCAAGAAGCUCUAUGAGUCUCUUCUAGUGGGCCAGCUGCCAGAUGUGGCAAAGAUGCUAGACAAAGAAGAUUUCACCAUCAUGAAGCGUGCCAUCUUUGCCACUCAGAGGCAGUCGCAACCCCCAAUCUGCACCCAUAACAUGCUGGACGACAGCAGCGACCCCAUCCUCAACUCUGUCCGCCGCAUCGGCCUUUUCAACAGCUCUGCUGACCGAGUCAAGAUAAUCUUCCAUCCAGAGUUCCUUUCAUCCACGUCUCCUCUGCUGCCAAUGGACUAUGAGGAGUUUGUCAGAGGCUGCCACCUUGGUGUUUUCCCUUCUUACUAUGAACCUUGGGGCUACACACCAGCUGAGUGCACUGUAAUGGGAAUUCCAUCAAUCUCCACAAAUCUGUCGGGGUUUGGCUGUUUCAUGGAGGAGCACAUAGCUGACCCUUCAGCAUACGGCAUUUACAUCCUUGACCGGCGUUACAAGGGCGUCGACGAGUCGUGUAACCAGCUCACCUCCUUCCUGUUCCAAUUCUGCAAACAGAGCCGACGUCAGCGGAUCAUCCAGAGGAAUCGAACCGAGCGCCUGAGUGACCUUCUGGACUGGAGAUACCUCGGCAGGUAUUAUAUAGCUGCCCGUCAUAUGGCCUUGGCUAAAGCCUUUCCUGAUACCUUCAUAUAUGAACCUCAUGAGCCGAGCUCAGCUACAGGGUUCCGUUACCCUCGACCGGCCUCUGUACCACCUUCUCCAUCCCUGUCCCGCCACUCCUCUCCGCACCACAGCGAGGCCGAAGAGGAUGAAGACGAGCGUUACGAUGAGGAUCUGGAGGCAGAAAAGGACAGAGUCAACAUCCGCCAGCCCUACACCGCAACUAAAAACAAAACCUCUGCCAACCUGGGAGCUGAUGAGAACGAAGACGACGCUGUCGCCAAUGACAAAAACUGAGCGCCACAGAAUCUACCAGAGCGUCACUCCGCCGUGUUUCUUUUUUUUGUCCCUUUUCUCCAGAAGGUGAAAUCGCCUUCAUACUCCCACCAGCAUUCUUUGACAUGGCUUGAAAAUUGAUCAUGCAGAAAAUGUCACCAUAAAAAUAUACCUCCAUGCUGUCAUUAGCUUGUGCUAAGUUCAGAACACAACCAAUAUGUCUGAACCCUUUAAAGGGGGAGCACACAUACAAACAGGCUCUACAUGUAUUACUGUGCUGCAGAGCACAUGUGAGCCCACCUGCCUUAUCCACAAUCAGAGUCCAAACAGAGGUCCAUGUGUUCUGGCCUUUUCCCAUGAGUUCCUACUGCUGCAUUCACACUCCUGCAUCGGGAAAAUGUUCCACCUUAAAUAAAACCAGACUGGCUACUCCUGCACACCUAAUCAAUAAUGUUUUCAGGUUGAUUGUAGAUUUGUUGUCUAGGUGGUUUGAAUUGAUCAUGAGAUUUGUUGAAAACGCUUCAGCUGAUUCAUUUCGGAGAAGUUGGACAUUUCUUCACGCGAACCGCACUUCUGAUGUUUUGAAGUUGGUGCUAAAACAAUUGGAAUCUCCACAAAGUGCAUAAAGAGAAAAUAUCCUCACCGAAGUGGCGGUUAGGUGAACUCAACUGAAUCAGCCGUAGACAAGUAGAGCUUCACUGCUGCUGAGAAUGACACCAGUAUACUUCAAUUCACUAGUGGAAUUCCCCACAAACUGUGCAGCUGUGUGUGUGUGUGUGAGAGCUGAGUUCUAGUAAUGGUUUGUUUUAUUGUGUCACUGUGUCUUCCCAUCCUGUGCAUACCUCAGACCUUUUUAAUUCUUUGAACUCCUCUGGAAUGCGUUGGUAUUGUUUUGGUGAUACCAACAGUGCAAUCCGUGGUAUGCUUAAAAACUUGGCUAGAGUUUUUCUAAAUAACCGUAGUUCAGCAUGUGGUGAAAAACAGAAUGCUGGAUCGUGUACUAACACUGGAAAACAUUGAACUAAAGCUCUGAUAUUAUAACAGAUGACUAUAAGGAGUGUCUGCAGGCGUUUUAUGCUUGAUUCAGUGCAGGGAAAAUAUGGUUUUUCCAGCGUUGUCAACUUUGUACUUUACUUUACAUCUUUAAUCCUGUUAAAUGACCCUUGGAAAGUUGUUUGACGGGUCUUCCGCAGAUACGCAGCACUUCUGGUCGAAAAGUUCUCCUUUAUGUAGCUUUUUUUGUGCGUCAAAUGCCUUGUUUACCACAAAACGUCAAAGAAUGGAAAUAAAAUGCAGAGCACACCUAUGCACGAGUAGCAUCAGAAGCUUAAAAGAAACAUCUGUGUGUGUUUUUCGUUUUGUUUCCGUGCCUUAUUCCGGUGAUCGCUGAUGAACGACUUUAACACGCUUCCUGAUAAAAGUCAACGUUUGCUUAUGUUGAGACGCUUGUUCUGCAGUUUCCUUGUUUUAGGAUGUUUGUCAAAGGAAAACGUAACUUAUGAAGAAGUGAAAACUGAAUUUAGCUCUAGGUUUUUAUGUUCUUGUGUGUAAAACAUAUAAUGAAGAUGAAAGGCAUCCAUGGAACACUGAAUAGUUUUUAAUUUUAAAGAAAAUGUGUUUUACCAGAUGUAAACUCAUCAUCACUCCUGUGUUUGUAGGACUUCUCAAAGUUGCACCAAAUAAACUGAAUAAAGUAGAAAGGAAAUACAAUACAUGUUAGUAUUGUAAAAAUGC